UUGUAGCAGAUGGGAUGUCUGACUCGUGGUGAAGAAUUUACUGAAGUAAACCUGUUCAGUUUAGAUGCUAUUCUGAAACAGACAGAAAGGGUUUGUUCUUCAGGAUGACGUUUCACACCAGAACAGUACAGCUGUCCUACUGGCUCUUGCUGGUCUACAUGUUAGCUGUGUGCUGUAAGCUGAUGUCCGCUGCAAACCACUUUCCCAGAGGACAGACAGGCUAUCACCAGGUCAAACAGGGGACUUGUGAAGUUGUUGCUAUACACCGGUGCUGCAAUAAAAAUAAGAUCGAGGAGCGAUCCCAAACGGUCAAGUGCUCCUGCUUUCCAGGACAGGUUGCAGGUACAACGAGAGCAAGGCCUUCAUGUGUAGAAGCCUCCAUAGUGCUGCAGAAGUGGUGGUGUCAAAUGCAUCCGUGUCAAGACGGCGAGGAGUGUAAAGUGCUUCCCGAUCUCACAGGGUGGUCCUGCAGCACUGGUAACAAGGUCAAGACAACGAAGGUGACGCGGUAGCAAGAAAACUCACAGAUCCUUCUGGUGUGAAACCCUGCACACUUUACCUUAAGUUCCCUGGCUCAACAGAACCAGCUUGUUUGUCUGCAAAAAAAAAAAAAAAAAAAAUAGACAAUAAAACUAGUAGGGCCUUUUGCAAAUGGGACAGAAGAAUGACUAUGGGACAGCUCAAUGACUAAUCACACUUGGAUACUAAAAUUGGAGAGAUGAAGAAAAAGAAGCAGAGGAAAUUGAUUCAAAAUAGCCCUCAAGUUUAACUUUCCUAAGGACCCAUGAAUUCUUUUGGAUGACAGUUUUAAUACUAAAGCAGUUACAUUGUGUAUGGAAGGAAAUGCAAUGCCUGGUAUAUCCAUAAAGCAUUUCAGGUGUAGGCGCAUCCUUGGAGUACCUUUAUACCCUUCCUGUAAGAUUUUGGAUGAUAAUGUUACACUGUAUAGAAUAGAAAUUUAACACAAAAAACUGAACUUGAAUCCCAGUAAAACUGACUGGUGCAGAUCUCAAGAUGCCACAGGGGUGUGUAGAAAUAACUAAGGGAUCACAUAUAUAUUUUGCAACAAAUUAUUCUUAAAUGGCUCAUGUGGGUCAAGUCCUUCCAUGAAAUGUUUCCAGCAAAUCAUAUCCCAGCUACAAUUAAACUUACAAAUAGGAUCAUAAAACAACAUUAAAAAUUCAUAUAAGAUAUUUGCACUAGUUGAAACUGUUUUCUGAUUUAUUUUUAUUUUUAUUACUAGCUAUUCCAUGUCCUUUUGGUGUUAAUGUCGUUAUAUCAAAUUAAAGAACAUAUUUUAUAAUAAGUAUUAUAAGAUUUAUCUACACUACUGUAACUCUAAAUCUAUCCCUCUGGGUGUUUUUGCUAAAGGGUGAUAUAUGAUUUCCUCAUAGUCUUACCUCAUAAUGUAUGAUUGAGUGUUUUUGCAUUAUGGCUGAUGGAGCAAGCUAAGUUUUAGCGCAGCUAUGUUUUAGUUCUAUACCCAGAACCACAAACAUCCCACAUUUCUUGUGGUUGUGUGUAGAUGCUUCUUCAACAAGUGCACGGGUGCAGUUUACAUUAUAAACAAACAAGUAAGUAAAAAGGAAAAAAGAAAGGCAGCGCUUUAAA